GUAUCUUAAUCUUAUGUAUCACGGCUGUAACCGCCAAUGUGUGUCAGAACGAUACCCAGACUGCAGGAUCUCCUCUCUCUGGAAGUUUCGGAAUGGCCGGACUUACUGAUGUAUAUCUUUUGGAUAUUUUGGAAGACCAAGGCAAUGAAUUACUCUAUUUUAUUGGGUAUUUUGGUUCAUCUCCAUGGGACACAAUAAUCUACAAGUCGGACCCUGCCCUGGCCAAAGUGCAAGUGAUGACUUAUGAUAUCUACUGCAACUUCCGUUCCUAUGCCAUGUCUCCAAACAGGGAGUUCAUCUAUAUUCAAGACCGUACUACGGAAAAGAUAUUCGAGGUCAGGACUUCAGACCUGGUCAUCUCCAGGGAGUUGUCAGUUAGCUCUGCCUCAGUGGAUUGGAAUACAAACAUGGAAGUGAGUGAAGGCUUCUUCUUCAGCCUCAUCAUUAGCUCAAUCAUGCACACUUGCAGAUGGAACAUGACAAAUACCAAUCUCGACUGAUUCACUUUCGGAGUCAACAGUCAGGCCAAUUUGGCCCCAAUCAGUGCCGAUCUGCUGUUCUUUGGAUCAACUGACACAGCAGCCGACCAAUACUACCUGGUGAGCUACAACUUCUCCUCCUCCAGCCUGGCCUGGAAGAAGAGCAUUGCCUGCCCCACUUCGGGCUGAGUGAACAAAUUCAGCAGCUCUCUGAUGAGCAGAGAUAAAGAGUGGGUCUACACAAUGGUGCUGUACGAUGGCAACUUUAUUUUCCAAAAACUCAGCACCACCGAUGGGAGUCCCCAAAGCUCAGGGCUGAUUUGGAACGACAGUGGGUAUUAUGCUAGUUACUGAAUGAAAGAGUUCAGUGAUUUCAUUGCCAUUCAGAUUUACAGUUCCUCAUUAUCGAAUCUCAAAAGGUUGGUUCUGGUCUCCCCCUCGGCCGCAGAAGUUGUGAAGGAGUACAACUCGGUGAGCUCGCUGGCUUAUGCAGUUGGAAGGUUGUUAUAUAAAGGUGAAGAGCUAAUGUUUCAUUCUGGAAGAAUAAACACCAAUUACACAUUCUUCUUAGCUAGAUCGCCCACAAACAACAUUGGACAACUUUCUGAGUUUGAAGAAGACACUCCUCUGUUCAGUCCAAUUACCACUUCCUAUCAGGUGUCGUCAACAACAUCAAACCCAAGCCUCACCACAAGCACGAGGACUCUUACUAUCUCAACUUCAUCGUCCAUCACGACCACUGACAUCACAUCUUCAACCAAUCCUU